AUGAACAAAGCAACGAAGCUUGUGGUUUCAAUCUCCACACUUUUCAGACAAACGCGUUCUUCAACUUUCCGGUGCAAUCCAAUCCCAACGAUUGCGAUUAUUAAUUCACAAACCCACUUGCGUCGUCGCGAAUCUCUCGAACCUAAUGGACUCCGAUUUGCCGGAAGAGUGUUUUGCUCGGAAUCUGGUGUGAAGAGAAGCUUCUUCAAGUGCUGGAACUGUGGUUUCUCUUCGGAAAAAGUCGCGUUUUUGUUCUGUGAUUCAUGCCGGAGUAUUCAACCUGUUGAUGAUUCCGUCGAUUAUUUUCAGAUUUUUGGCCUGGAGAAGAAGUAUGAGAUUGAUGAUGGAAUUCUUGAAGGGAAGUAUAAAGAUUGGCAAAAGAAGUUACAUCCAGAUUUAGUUCACAACAAAUCCAAGAAAGAAAGAGAUUACGCAGCCGAACAAUCUGCAAAGGUGACUGAAGCAUGCCGGACAUUAACCAAGCGUCUGUCCAGAGCGAUGUAUAUCAUGAAGCUGAAUGGCAUAAAUGUCAAUGAAGAAGACACAAUAACAGAUCCAGCAUUGUUAAUGGAGAUUAUGGAACUCAGAGAGGCCAUAGCAGAAGCAAAUGAUUCAAACGAGUUAAACCAGAUCCGAUCCCAGGUACAAGAGAAACUGAAGCAGUGGUCUGACUCUUUUGUCAAAGCGUUUGAAAGCCAGAGGUUUGAUGAAGCUGUUAAAUGCAUACAGAGAAUGACUUAUUAUGAGCGAGCCUGUGAAGAAAUUGUGAAGAAGCUAUGA